UCUUUCUUCUGCUUUUCUUUCCCUUGCCUCGUCACUCCCCACUGUUAUUCUUUUCCGCGGCUUAUGGGGAACAGGGAGUGGAAAAUAUCGUGUAAUAAGCCGAAGCCACUCUACAAUAAUAGCACUUCUUGAGAAAUCUAAAUCCUGCCUUUUCACUUGUAUGUUGCACCAGUGUUAAUUUCCUUCAAAAUAAAGUCACUGUAGACCAAAGGGCCAAUCCCCCGUUACUGCCCUUUUCCUAUUGAUAUCUGAAGGAAGCUUUCCGACAUGCAUUAGAGCCACCGAUCUUUUUGGGGUCAUAAAGCCAAUCAAAAUCCCGGUGGAGAUUUAAUGGAAACAACCCUGUCUGCGGUUGUGUGUUUAACAUUCCAUUGAGGCAAUGCUUCGGUGUAGUUCCUCUGUCCUUUCCUGGUUUAAUUGUAAGCUUCGAUUCGCCGUCCUAGUCUUCGAGAUUGUAUUGUUACUUGCAUUGUUGGAACCUAAUGAUGCAAAACCCCGAGAAUACCAACUUCAAAUGGGAGGCUUGGAAAAGAACAUUGCCUCACACUCUUGCAUACAUGAUCAGAUAAUUGAACAGAGAAAGCGACCUGGUCGCAAGGUUUACUCAGUUACCCCGCAGGCUUACGAACCUGGUUACAUGAAACCCCUUCAUCGUAAAGGUAGGGCAUUACUUGGAGUGUCAACAUCAUCAGGUCUUCAAAAAGAUGCCAAACAACCUAUUAGAAUAUAUCUCAAUUAUGAUGCUGUUGGCCACUCGCCAGACAGAGAUUGCCGAAAAGUUGGUGAUAUUGUCAAACUUGGGGAGCCUCCCGUGACUUCAUUUCCUGGGCACCCCUCCUGUAAUCCCCAUGGUAAUCCUCCAAUAUUUGGUGAUUGUUGGUAUAACUGCACUUCCGAAGAUAUCACAGGAGAUGACAAAAAGCAUCGCCUUCAUAAGGCAUUGGGUCAGACAGCUGAUUGGUUUAAGAGAGCAUUGGCUGUUGAGCCUGUCAAGGGAAACUUGCGUCUAAGUGGAUAUUCUGCAUGUGGGCAAGAUGGAGGUGUGCAGCUUCCUCGUGAAUAUGUUGAAGAGGGUGUUUUAGAUGCGGACUUAGUUCUCCUAGUCACUACAAGACCUACCACUGGGAAUACUCUUGCAUGGGCAGUGGCUUGUGAACGUGAUCAAUGGGGCCGUGCCAUAGCUGGACAUGUAAAUGUUGCUCCUCGCCAUUUGACAGCUGAGUCUGAGACUUUGCUUUCGGCUACCCUCAUACAUGAGGUUAUGCAUGUUCUUGGUUUUGAUCCACAUGCCUUUGCUCAUUUUAGAGAUGAAAGGAAAAGACGGCGUAAUCUGGUUAUUAAACAAGUCAUGGAUGAAAAGCUUGGGCGAAUGGUAACGCGUGUGGUGCUUCCACGUGUUGUCAUGCAUUCACGACAUCAUUAUGGGGCAUUCUCUGAAAAUUUCACUGGUUUGGAGCUGGAAGAUGGGGGAGGGCGUGGAACAUCAGGAUCUCACUGGGAAAAAAGGCUUAUGAUGAAUGAGAUUAUGACUGGUUCUGUGGAUACAAGAUCUAUAGUGUCAAAAAUGACUCUAGCUCUCUUAGAAGACAGCGGAUGGUACCGUGCCAAUUAUAGCAUGGCAGACCGUCUUGACUGGGGUCGCAACCAAGGUACUGAAUUUGUUACUUCCCCUUGCAAUUUCUGGAAGGGGGCCUAUCACUGCAACAAAACACAGUUGUCUGGUUGCACGUAUAACAGGGAGGCAGAGGGAUACUGCCCAAUUGUAACAUACAGUGGAGACCUGCCUCAGUGGGCUCAAUAUUUUCCACAAGUUAAUGAAGGUGGACAGUCUUCAUUGGCUGAUUAUUGCACUUAUUUUGUCGCAUAUUCAGAUGGGUCUUGUACAGAUGUCAAUAGUGCACGCGCACCUGAUCGAAUGCUGGGUGAAGUUCGAGGGAGCAACUCUAGGUGUAUGGCCUCUACUUUAGUACGGACAGGAUUUGUGCGAGGUUCUAUGACCCAAGGAAAUGGUUGUUAUCAACAUAGGUGUGCCAAUAAUUCUUUAGAGGUUGCAGUGGAUGGCAUCUGGAAAGUAUGUCCUCAAGUCGGUGGACCCAUUCAGUUCCCCAGCUUUAAUGGUGAAUUAAUUUGCCCUGCAUACCAUGAACUCUGUAGCACAGAUACAAUUGCGAUGCCUGGGCAAUGUCCUAAUGCAUGUAAUUUCAAUGGAGAUUGCAUUGAUGGAAGUUGCCACUGCUUUAUUGGAUUUCAUGGUCAUGACUGUGGCAAACGAUCCUGCCCCAGCAAUUGCAAUGGUAACGGCAAGUGUCUCACCAAUGGGAUUUGUGAAUGCAAAAAUGGUUAUACUGGCAUCGACUGUUCAACUGCUGCUUGUGAUGAGCAAUGUAGCCUUCAUGGUGGGGUUUGUGAUAACGGAGUUUGUGAAUUCCGUUGUUCUGACUAUGCGGGAUACACAUGCCAGAACAGCUCUAUGCUCCUAUCAAGUCUCUCGGUUUGCAAAAAUGUUCUGGGAAAUGAUUUGUCUGGACAGCAUUGUGCUCCUAGUGAACCAAGUGUACUACAGCAGUUAGAAGAAGUGGUUGUCAUGCCUAACUACCACCGCUUAUUCCCAGGUGGUGCUAGGAAAUUAUUUAAUAUAUUUGGCGGCACUUACUGCAAUGAAGCUGCUAAGCGGCUUGCCUGCUGGAUAUCAAUACAGAAGUGUGACAAGGACGGAGACAACAGGCUCCGAGUAUGUCAUUCAGCAUGUCAGUUGUAUAAUUUAGCAUGUGGAGCUUCGCUUGACUGCUCUGACCAAACUCUCUUCAGCAGCGAGGGGGAAGGUGAGGGUCAGUGCACCGGUGCCGGUCAGAUGAAGUUGCCGUGGUAUAAUCGCCUGCGAACUGGUUUUUCUCUGAGAGAUAGUUCCUUGAUGGAAUAUCUGUAAGAUAUAGGUUAGUUUUUAGUUGUCAAUUGAUUUUCCUCUGUUGGGAGGUGUUGGCCUGUAAUUUCUCUUCAGGGUUAAUUUAGGGAAAAGUGGCCUAUAGCUCCUUGGAUUUAGAGUUAUAGUAGGAAAAUAGGUGAGUAGGUUACAUUUGGGCUUCCAAAGAGGAGAGCCUUCUGUAGAGGAAAUUGGAAAUGUAUGUAAACCAAAAAAAAAAAUGAAAAAGGAAAAGUGCAGGAGGGGAAGAAGGAGGAAAAAGAAAGAGUGGGAGAUUGUUAUGAUGUCAUCAGCUUCGGCCGAAGGCCUUGAAAAGGAAAAAGCAACAAAAAGUUUCAAAGCAAGCUUGAUUUCUCUCUGUGUAAAUUGUUUUUUUUGGUCAGAGAAGAGGGCCCAAGCCCAGAAAAACCUGGGUAAAUCAUUUUUGA